GCCCGACCGCCGCCACUACCGGGGCCUGAGCGGGCCUGGCGGAGCCCGAGCGCGGCCCGGCCCGCAGCGCGGGGCCCGGAGCGCGGUGAAGAGAUUGUUUUCUGAAGGCUGCGUUGGAGGCUGUGACAGAGCACAGAGCCCUGUGGAGCUGAUGGGGAGGCUUUCUCAAUAACAUGGCCCUUCGCCAUUAGCCUUGCCAUGACCACAUUUUUCACCAGCGUCCCCCCCUGGAUUCAAGAUGCAAAGCAGGAGGAGGAAGUGGGCUGGAAACUAGUUCCCAGGCCUCGGGGCCGGGAGGCGGAGAGUCAAGUGAAGUGCCAAUGUGAAAUCUCGGGGACACCCUUCUCAAAUGGGGAGAAGCUGAGGCCUCAGAGCCUCCCCCAUCCAGAGCAGAGACCGUAUAGCUGCCCUCAGCUGCACUGUGGCAAGGCGUUUGCCUCCAAGUACAAGUUGUAUAGGCACAUGGCCACUCACUCAGCCCAGAAACCCCACCAGUGCAUGUACUGUGAUAAGAUGUUUCACCGCAAGGAUCAUCUGCGGAACCACCUGCAGACCCAUGACCCCAACAAAGAGGCCCUCCACUGUUCUGAGUGCGGUAAGAACUACAAUACGAAGCUGGGCUACCGGCGCCACCUGGCCAUGCAUGCUGCCAGCAGUGGUGACCUCAGCUGCAAGGUGUGCCUGCAGACCUUCGAGAGUACCCAGGCCCUGCUAGAGCACCUGAAGGCCCACUCACGCCGGGUAGCAGGUGGCGCCAAGGAGAAGAAGCACCCCUGUGACCACUGUGACCGGCGGUUCUAUACUCGUAAGGAUGUGCGGCGGCACCUGGUGGUCCACACAGGCCGGAAAGACUUCCUGUGCCAGUACUGUGCCCAGCGAUUUGGCCGCAAAGACCACCUGACACGUCAUGUCAAGAAGAGUCAUUCGCAAGAGCUGCUCAAGAUCAAGACAGAGCCAGUGGACAUGUUAGGCCUACUCAGCUGCAGCUCCACAGUCAACGUAAAGGAAGAGCUGAGCCCUGUGCUGUGCAUGGCCUCUCGGGACGUGAUGGGGGCCAAGGCCUUCCCUGGCAUGUUGCCCAUGGGCAUGUAUGGUGCCCACAUCCCUACCAUGCCCAGUGCGGGCGUGCCACACUCCCUGGUGCACAACACGCUGCCCAUGGGUAUGAGCUACCCUCUGGAGUCCUCACCUAUCUCUUCCCCAGCUCAGCUUCCUCCAAAAUACCAGCUUGGAUCUACCUCAUACUUGCCCGACAAAUUGCCCAAAGUGGAGGUGGAUAGUUUUCUGGCAGAGCUUCCUGGAAGCCUGUCUCUCUCAUCCGCUGAACCCCAGCCCGCCUCACCUCAGCCGGCGGCAGCUGCGGCCCUCCUAGAUGAAGCACUGCUCACCAAGAGCCCCGCCAACCUCUCUGAGGCCCUCUGCGCUGCUAAUGUGGACUUCUCCCACUUACUGGGCUUUCUUCCUCUCAACCUGCCCCCGUGUAACCCGCCUGGGGCCACAGGAGGCCUGGUCAUGGGCUACUCCCAGGCCGAGGCGCAGCCCCUGCUCACCACAUUGCAAGCUCAGCCUCAAGAUUCCCCGGGAGCUGGGGGACCGCUGAACUUUGGGCCUCUGCACUCCUUGCCUCCUGUCUUCACCUCUGGCCUGAGCACCACCACCCUGCCUCGUUUCCACCAGGCAUUCCAGUAGCCCCAAGGAGGACCUCAACUCAGUCUUGGCUCUGUCAGGGAGUCUCAGUAUCUACCCCAUAUGCAUCCCCUAUGAAGGCAGCUGAGCUUUCAGAGCUGAGUUCAAAAAGAAAAAUUCCAGUAUCUGUAUGGAGCACUUGGUUUGGGGGCUUGGGCUCCAGGAUCAGUUCCAGGAGGAGCCUUGAGCCCCAACCCCAUGAAAAGAUGUCAUACAAUAGGACUUCAGGUAUUUUUACUUUUUUUUUUUUUUUUUUAAUCUGAAUCGGGAGCCACACCUAGCCCUCGCCCUCUCCAAAGCAUCAGAACCUCCUUCUCUUUGGAGAAGGGAGAGGUCUCUUGGAGACACAGAGGGUUUUACUUUGGAUGACCUCGAGAGAAAUAGCCCAAGAAGCCUGUCUUCUGGUCCCAGCCUGCAGACCCCACAGCAGUUGGUCAGGCCUUGCUGCAGAGGGUCCAUCGCCUGCUUCCAACCAACAGGCAGGAGAGAGGGCCUCUGUUCUUCCCCGUCACCUCCAUCCCUCCUGUUCUAGCACCUCCAUUUUCAGUGUUUUCCAGCAACGGUACCGUUUACACAGUCGCCUCAGACACACCAUUUCACCUCCCUUGCUGAGCUGUAUAGCCUUAGAAUGAUUGCAGCGAACAUUGUUUACACACCGUGAAUCCAUUCCCACCAGUCCAUUCCAGUUGGCACCAGCCGGAACCAUUUGGUACCUGAUGUUAACUGGAGCCCUGUUUACAAGGCGGAGUCAGGUCUCACUGACUUCUCUUCACUUGAGGUCAUAUUUUUCCCCUGUGGGGAAAUAAACUGACUUUGGACUGCUUCAGUCUCUGCCAUCUUCCAUGACUGUGUCUGUUCCUGCCUUCCUCGGCAGAGUCCACAGGAGACAGGCAAGAAGAUUGGAGCAGUUUUCUCACAGGUCUGCAAUUCUGUUUUUCUCCAAGUACAUCACGACCCCCUCAUCCUCCUUUUGAACUGGAGAGGGGAAGAAAUGAAAGGCAUGCCCACUUCCAUCACCCCCCCGCCCCAAUUCUCUAAUCCCCACCCUGAAUGUCAUGAGCUUUUAUCAUUAGUCUUGGAACGAGGGACUCCGGUUCUAGGCUGGUGUGGAUAGCAAAGGAGAGGGUGAGACCUCAUUUGUCUCUCUCCUGUCUCUUUUCCAGGAAGUUGUGGAAUUGUUGGAAGAAGAGUUUUCAGAAAGUUAGGACUGGGCAGAUAGUUGAGUCUUAAUCUCGGUGUACAUCAUUGCCUCCCAUACCAAACUUCUUUCUUCUCUACAGUGUUCCUCCUCCCUCCCACUUUGCAGUCCCGUGGACUCAGGCGGCCCACUGUGCCUAGGCUUCUCUGCUCUCCAUCAAAGAACUUCCAUCUUCCUUUUGUGGCCCCUCUCACUUUUGCCCCCAGUACUCAGCAAGUUUCUUGCAACAAAUGAUUAGUUCUUCUUUUCUGACUUGUGGGGCUCCCUGCCACAGACAGCACAGCUCUUGCCCAGCCGAACCCUAUCCCUGCUUCAUCUCAGUUCUGCAUGGCUUCGCUCUUCCCACUCGUGGAAGGGAGGCAGCUCAGGGACCACCGGUGUGGGGCCCUCUUGAGACACUUCCACUCUGAUUCAGAAACACACUCCUACCUCUUUACUGUUAACUCCUACAGAUGCAGCCAGCAGUUUCUGGGCGCUUCUCUCAGCAGGUGCCUCAUACUGGCUUCUCCACUAGGGUUUCAGGACAGACUACCAAGGAACUGCCUCAGCCUCUUCCCAGUCCUUCCCCCUUCCCCCUUCUGUCUAGAAAUCAUGUUGGUUUAUCAUCAGGAACUGAGCAGGUCCAAGACCCAGGCUUCUGCUUCAGCCCAGGCCAGUACUCUUCCUUUGAGGUGAAAGCCUUAAAAUGUAGCUCCCUGACCCUUGAUUGGAAGCAAUGUGGAGUGAAUAAGCGUGUUUUAAUUUAGGCAGGCUAGCUUGGGAUACCUUUUAAAAAAAAAGACAAAACCAGAUAUAAAGGUGUCUGGCAAGAUUAGAAUCAGAGUAGGUGAUUUGCUUCUAAAAAUUAGUUUCAGUGAGUCCCAGGGACUAAUUAAGGUUUACUUUUAAAAGCGUCCCCUUGGUACGCAGCCACCUCCUGCAUGCUGUGCAUGUUAUUGGGACUCGUAUAUAGGAAAUGGUAUGUGAGGAUCCAAACAGGUCUCUGCUGCCAUUCUCCUUGGCGUCUCUGAUCUUCAUCACUAGACCCAGCAACCCUCACCCCUCCCUGCCACCUUCCCUGCACCUUUCGUUUACAGAGGCAAAUGGGCCUCUGGCCGCAGAAUAUAAAGUCUUGGGCUGUUAGAAGAGUCCCCUCCUCUUUGCCUGCUCUUUCCUGUUCCUUCCUUGAAUACUCUCCCCCGUUAGUGAUGCUGGGAAACUCAUAGGACAGGCAAAGCAACUAUUUAAAACCUUGUAACUGGGGCCUUGCCCCUCCUCCCCUCACUUCUUCCUUCCGUCCUGUUCUUUUCUUCUUUCAAUGCCCUUCCCACCCACAAGGAAUUUUCCUAUCACUGUGAAUUUUGCUGGUGCAGAGGAACAUCUGCCUUCACCUUUUUUUUGGACCAUAGACAGCCAUUUCUUAAACCUCCCCCAAAUUAAAAAAAAAG